AUGAAACGGAGGUCUUUCGCUGAACCCCACUCCAGUCUGGGUCUGUUCGCACACCAGCAUGCGAGCAGCAGCAGUGCGAACGGCGCCAGUGGCGGAGCCGUCCAGCAAUGGAUCAGCGUAGCCGACGGAGCGAACAAACCUCGCCGAAGCCCCGGCCGGACAGCACGUCGUUUCUCGGCGUUCGUCGGUACAAACAUCGGGCUAGCGGCUCGUAGAGGGUCCGCUAUGCCUGUUCUCCAACAUGAACCAGAGUUCGAGGCCUCUACAAAGUCACAGCAGGUUCUGGGACUACGAAACGAGGAAUGGAACAGAGUCCAGAGUAAAGUAUUAUCAGUAUUCAACAAACGAAGAUUGCAACCCGGUGAACUAUAUGAACUGAACAAGAUGGUCAAAGUUGCAAUCAAAUCAGAAAUCGGGUCAUUCAUAUCAGAAUAUUACAAGAAAAAUCUGUUACAAAGAGGAAUGAAAAGCCUUUAUGACUCGCUUGACAAUGAUGAAGGGCGGGGACUACUUACCAGUCUCGCUGAGCUCUGGAACUAUUUCUUCACUGAGAUACUCCCAACGCUGAGGGCGAUAUUUUAUCCAGUCCAGACCAAAGGACUGACGAUGUACCAGUUGUCUUUACUAGGGUUUCGUGAUCAUGUAGUUCUUCAGCUGCCGUUAGCGAAGGCGCUAUCAUCGUGCAACGAGAGUGAGAUCCCUCCAGAGAUCACCCAGAUGUUGCUGAACCUACACGCGGUCCAUGACGGAGGCUCCUACGCCACCACGCCAUCCGAAGAGUACGUCCAACUCGAAGUUCUCCUCGCCAAGGUGGUGUGCCCGUUCCUCGGUUCCAAGGGGCUGUUCCUACGGAUGGGUGAAGACGAUCCGGCCGUCCCUGCCCGUGACCCCAAUGCCAAAGAUGACAGUCAGAGCACCUCAGGGACCGGAAGUAGCGGCGCCCAAGGACGUAAAUACGACCGGCAACGAUCUUUGCAAAGGCUUAGCCUCCAAAUACAGCCGUCCAGCAUGGAUUACCUCGCAAACACGUCGGGUGGAUCAACGCCGUCCUCGCCGUCGGCCUACGCACGUGAGCAUGGGGCUGUGCGGAAACUACAACUUGGCCACGUCCAGAGGAGAAGCAGCGCCCUCGUGCUGAGCUCGUUGGAGACGCUGGAGGAAGUCGAGCGUUCGGGUUUUGUCGGAUCGUUUCGGGAGAGAAGACGAUCCAAAUCGGAAAUUGAAUUCGACGGGAGGAGAUAACGACAGUGUACCUUUAAACAUAUUUGCUUCCAUGUACCACUUAUUGAUGAUAGAAGCUGUGCUUUAACGCUUCUAAUGGAAGGUAGAUUAUAAUUGGUAUACCUUAACCAUGGAUAAAACAAAUGCAUUGAAGUAAGCAUUACUAUAUACAUAUUGUAAAAAACGGACCAAAUUCAAGGGUAAUCAUGAAAUAAAAUUUAUUCCCCUUUCCCCUCUUCAGUUAACCUUUCUAUAACUCAUUAAACCACACCGGCCCUGUACUAAUUGUGAUUCUUAUACUAACAAACUGUUUGCGGAGUAUUGCGAUCACAUUUUUCCAUACCUGGUAAUUCAUUUGUAUUGGUUGGAUACAUUGGUUCUGACUUUUAUAACAAUAUCAUUUUAAUCAUGGUGGAGAGGCUUUUUUUCUGUUUGGCUCACGUUCCUAUAAUGACGUCACAUAUUUCAGAUUUAGGACCCGCUAGUUUCAUUAGGCGUACUAUCUCGCUGCUUUACCACUUGUUUUAUUUUUCAUUACUGGACAUUUACACCAUUCUUGUAAGUGCUUCUUUAUUCAAGCCGAUUCAUUAGAUGCUACUCAAUGUUAGCUAUAAUAGCGCCCUCUGUCGUUAUGUUUUUAUAGUAGUGUUUCUAUCAUGGCUAUUUUUUAUGAAAUGUCGUUCUAAACAUAUUAAUAAGUAAUUUCUGCUUGGUUCCACAUUGGCAUGGGGAAUGCAGUAUUGCUGAGUUUCUAAAUGUUUAAGCCGUAAAAUAAUCCUUGUAAAGACAAUUAAAGCAGUUUUAUCAUGCAAUAAAGUCGUUUAAUAAACUGAACACGGGAAGCAAAACGUCUUCUGACCAUAAUCCAAUAAUUCAAAAUGCGAUUUGAUUUGAUAUGAACUGUUUUGUUAAUGAGCUUGUUGACGUUCAUGAUAAUGAAUGAAAUAAAGAUAUUUCUUUUUGAUUGACGUUUUUCUGAAACCUAAAGAAAUAAAUUAUCCAUUCCUUUGUCCUUUUAGAGCUGAUACAUCCACUUUUUUUUUGCUUUAUGUCUUUCCUAAGUUAUCGUUUCUCAAUUGUAUAUUAUUACAAAGCGAACAUUAUCAUUGAUCGAACAAAAGGGCCAACACGAGUAAUAUUGUAUAAUUUUUUUUUUUCUAUUCAUGAUUAUUACAUGUACAAUUUAAUUUAUUCCACCUGGGUCUAAUGAAAGUCGUGUUGAUAAAGACGUGAUUUUAUAGUAUACGUGACUUUUAAAAGCUUUAAAACAAUCCAGAUGUUUUAAUCUCAGAUAUACAUGUACUUGUUUUUCAUUCAAAUUUUGUUGUAAUUAAUAGUUUGUAAAGAAGUAACAACAAUAAUUGAGUAAUUACACAAAGAAAACAUUAUGAGGUAGCGAAACCUACACCUGAUCAUGGAAUGAAAAAUUAUCGGGAUAAUACAGUAAUUUACCAAUUGGCGUAAAUCCGUGACGUCAUGCUAUUCAAGUAGGAGUAAAACAAUAGAUCACCCCCCCCCCGAACAAGUUCACCGCCCAGAUUUACACCAGUGAAUUUUCCUUUACCCCACUGCAGGGCUGGAUAAUCCAUGUAUAAUUUUCAUUAAAAAAUAGAUAAUACAGUAAUCAGUUGGCUAAUUAAUAUAUUUUCUUUCUUCUAUAUACUGGAUGUUCUCGACAAUUUUUGAAUUCCAAAUGGUAUUUAAGUCUGCUCUUUGGUCCUCCUCUUUGUAUUUAAAUCGGUUUGGCAGACACGUCCUAUUUAUUAUUAUUCAAUGCUGUACGGGCCAUGUCGGAUAGAGUGUCCCUGUAUCUAGGUUCCAUUUUAUGUCUACAUUAUUAUAAAAUAAGUCCAUUAAAAGUUUAACAUGGGGGUUGAGGUAUCUCUUACUGAAAGCAGAGUAUCAUGCAUUUGACAUUUUUAAUUAAUAAUAAUGGGCUUUUGAUUUGUGUCAUGUUCCAAAUCUCCCACUCAAUACUGGUUAUAGUAACAUCUAUCAUUUUCCCUAAAUUAAUUACAACUUGUGCGAGUUUUAUUAAUCGUGGAUUUACAUGUUAAAUUAUAAUCGCCCAAAAUAUUAUUUAAUUUACCUGCAAAAAAAAUUAUGCAACUCUUCGAUUUUAUGAUGCCAAAUUCUUAAAUGAUACAAAGCGUAUAUCUAUUGCAUUGAAUAUACUUACUGUAUGUCGUGAUUACACUGCAAAAGCACCGGUGUUGAUUAAACACUAGAUCAAUCGAGAAGUUGUUGCCACAACACCUUUUAAGAAUCAAGCUGGUGUUAUAAAAACAGUCCUUGGUAUUGUUUAAAGUUACGGAUAUGUGGUGUUUGCCCACUUUUUCAGUGUGGUCAUGAUGGAUAUCUGACUGAUGUUAAAAUCAGCACCGGUGUUUUUGCAAGGUGUCUUGCAUUUUUAUGAGCUGAACAUCUUGAUGAUGUAACAAAAUGCAGUUUUUAGAUAAUUAUUAUUGCUAUGUAUGAAAUGCUUGAUGAUCUAUGUACAGAGAUGACCUAUUAACUAUAGCAAAGAAAGAUAUAUGUGUAUAUAUUUAUGAUGUAUUUCGCUUUUAUCUGAUUAUGUCUACGACAUCGAAAAUAUAUGAAAGUAUUCCAAGAAAAUAAAAUGCUCUUGAAAGAAAAUGACAUAAAACAUA